AUGUCCGUAGAAGUGCAUCAGCGCGUCAACUACUGGUACUUGCAGUUUAAGACAGGAAUAUCGCGGAGCACCCAGAUUCUGUACUGCCUGGUCUUCGUGACAAGAUACUUGGACCUUCUUGACAAGACUCAAGCCUUCUAUCUCGUCUUCUUCAAGAUUACGUAUAUAGUGACUUCCAUCAUCGUCCUGGCAGUGUUCUACAAGCUUGAUAGCACAUACGAGCGCCAGAAGGACACCUGCAGUUUAGCGGCCAUUCUGGUGCCGUGCAGCAUCAGCGCCGUGCUCCUAGCGGAGACGUAUCAAGCUGUUGACAUCCUGUGGACCUUCUCGCAGUUUUGCGAGGGCUUCGCCAUGGUUCCCCAGUAUGUCUUCUGCUACAGGGAUAGGCUGGCGAAGGAUGUCGGUGUGACCUUUUACGUGCUGUCCAUGGGUGCGUAUCGAUGCUUCUACGCCGCGAAUUGGAUUUACAAGAAGGCCCCAUACGAUAUCCAUACGACGUAUGUUGUGAGCUUGAUGGCAAUGCCCGCGACUCCUGCAGAUGCAAGUCGCGAUGUCACGGUUUUAGGGUUGCUCCUUCGUGCUUCAUGA